CCCAGCCGGCGAGCCACACCCGGUCUCCCGCGUCCAGUGGCCCGUUUCGCUUAACGUUGGUUACUUUUCUCUCCCCCCACCCCACCCCCAGGCUGGACCUCCCGUGAGCGGAGACCCCCAAGAUUGUGUGGAAACCCUGGAGAGAACCGCCUCCCGAUGACCCGAGAUCAGUAAUCGCCGAUUUGUGUUGGCCGAUCGUUUUCCCUAUAGCAAGGGCGCAUGGACCAGAGUGAGAAGUAAAUUUCUGUCGCUGGUUACAAACUAGGAAAGAAGCAGGCAACAGGCUAAGGCUGCCGCGAAGAUCUAAGAAUGUCCAGCAGUCAAUCUCCUGACUCCGGGGGGACUGAACCGGAUGACCUUGCAGGACCCCGGGCCAGCGGCACCCAACCCCCUGAUGACCUUGCAGGACCCCCUGAUGACCUUGCAGGACCCAGGGCCAGCCCCCGCCCCCAGGCCCCGGGGAAAGACUCUGAUGAAAGGUGGAGCCAGAAAUACCAGCUCCCGAGCAAAUACCUGGAGAGCAGCCACAGCGAACGGCAAGACCGGAACAGAGUUUCUGAAGAACUGAUCAUGGUUGUCCAAGAAAUGAAAAAAUACUUCCCGUCGGGGAGACACCAUAAACCGAGCACCCUGGAUGCCCUCAACUAUGCCCUCCACUGUGUGCACAGCGUACAAGCAAGCAGUGAGUUUUUCCAGAUUCUCAGUCCCAAUGGAGCGCCUCAAGCAGAUGUGACCAUGUACAGUCUUGAGGAGCUGGCCUCCAUGGCUGCAGAGCACACUUCCAAGAACACAGACACCUUCGUGGCCGUGUUCUCAUUGGUGUCUGGGAGGGUGGUGCACAUCUCCGAGCAGGCGCCUUCCAUCCUGAACUGUCGGAGAGAGUCCUUGGUGUCCUCUCACUUCGCGGAGCUGCUUGCCCCUCAAGAUGUGAGGGUGUUCUACACGCACACGGCCCACGCUCAGCUUCCCGCCUGGAGCAGCUGGACCCAAAGAGCGUCGCAGUACGAACUGGCUCCCGUGAAGUCCUUUUUCUGCAGGAUCCGCGAAGGCGGCGGCCGAGGGCAGCGUUACACCCCGUUCCGGGUGAUUCCCUAUUUGAUUCACGUGCGGCCGCAGUCGGAGCCGGAGCCGGAGCCCUGCUGCCUCGCGCUGGCCGAGAAGAUGCACUCUGGCUACGAAGCUCCUCGGAUCCCCGUGGAUAAAAGAAUUUUCACCACAACACACACUCCAGGCUGUGUUUUCCUUGAAAUAGAUGACCGGGCCGUGCCUUUGCUGGGGUACCUGCCGCAGGACCUGAUCGGCUCGUCCGUCCUCGCGAACCUGCACCCGGAAGACCGCUCUCUGAUGGUCGCCGUCCACCAGGAAGUGCUGCGGGCCGCGGGCCGCGCCCCCUUUGAGCACCGCCCCGUUCGCUUCUGCACACACAACGGCGACUACGUCACCCUGGAUUCCAGCUGGUCCGGCUUCGUGGACCCGUGGAGCCGCAAGGUGUCCUUCAUCAUGGGCCGGCACAAAGUGCGGACGAGUCCGCUGAACGAGGAUGUUUUUGCUGCCAGAAUAAGCAAGAUGGACAAUAACGACAAAGACAUAACGGAAUUACAGGGACAGAUUCACAAACUCCUGUUACAGCCAGUCCACGGGAGCGCCUCCAGUGGCUACGGCAGCCUGGGGAGCAGCGGGUCCCAGGAGCAGCACGUCAGCGUGGCCUCCUCCGGCGAGUCCAGCGGGCCGAGGCCAUUGCUGUGCUUUUCAUCACCACAUGUUCGGGGGACCAGAAGUUUCAUGUAUUCUGCUCAUGUAUCUUGUAAUGUUCAUGUGAUCAUAUGUGAGACGUAUUUCAUUCUUUUCCCCAAGUUGACUUUGCAGCAGGUCUAUGCCAGUGUAAACAAAAUUAAAACCCUGGGGCAGCAACUGUACAUCGAGUCCAUGACCAAACCCCCCAACAAGCCAGCGGUGGGGACGCGCGCAGGACGGCCCAGUGGUGAGCAGAAGGCCUUUUCUCCCGUACAGCCCUGGAGGAAUGAGAGCGUGCGCACUGAGUCUUGCCAGGGUUUGAGGAAAGACCAGCACAGCCCCUCCUACCAGCAAAUCAACUGCAUCGACGGUGUCAUCAGAUACCUGAGGAGCUGCCGCACCCCAGCUCUGAAGAGAAAGUGUAUCUCCUGCACAAAUACCACUUCGUCCUCGGAAGACGACCGGCAGGCCCACAAGGCAGGCGAUGCCCACGCCUUGCGAGCUGCGUCUCGGAUCCCAUCGGUCCCUUCACCAGACGUGCCAGCUCACGGACGGUCCUCCGGUGCCGAGGGCGGAGCUGCGCGGACCGAGGCCAGGGCGGCGCCGAGCCUGGGCUCCGGCAUCAGCCAGUGCAGCUACAGCAGCACCAUGGUCCACGCCCCACCCCCAGAGCCAGGUACCACGUCACCUUUGACCUCAGAUACACUCCACAUGGAUNNNNCCCCGUUGACCGCGGAGGAGUUUCAGCACGUGGGGCUCACCAAGGCCGUGCUGUCGGUGCACACGCAGAGGGAGGAGCAGGACUACGUGGACAGGUUCCGGGAGAAGAUGCUGUCCUCCCCCUACAGCUCCUACCUGCAGCACGAAGGCAGAGGACAGGCCACGUGUUCAGAUGGUCAAGGAGCCUCCUCUCCUGGGCAGGCCAGGUCUCCUGGGGGCAAGAAGGGGAAGCACAAGCGGAAGAAGCUGCCAGAGCCACUGGGCAGCCGGUGUGCGGAGGACGCCUGCUGUCCCCACUUCGGAAGGGACGUCCAGGACGCUCAGCCCUGGAGCCUGGGGGCUCCCAGCCAGGCCCUCCCUUACCUCGUGCCAGCGUUGCCCUUGCCCACCGUGGCCCCGGGGGGGCACUGCCCGCCUUUCCCAGAUGUGCCUUCACCUUACGCGGAGACUUUCCUAACCAUUGUGCUGCCUGGCCCCUCUGUGUGCCCUCUGUGGGCACCGUCAUUCUCUCCAUACCUGUGUCUGGGAGCAGCAGGCCCUUCUGAAACGCCACCCUCAGUACCAACAGCGGCUCCCAGUGUGGAACCACCGCCUCCAGUCACCACCCAGAGGGGCGCUGGGCAGAGCUGGGAGACGCAGAGCACAGGGAGCCCGGGAGGCCAUGCGGAUGGAGUCGCCACACGCACCCUGUCGCCGUUCUUCCCCGAGCACGCGCUGCGAGGCUCCCACGGCCCCAUCAGCAGUUUGUUCCUUUUCGUUGCUGAGGAGCAGGACACCGUGUGGAUGUCCAUUCGCCGUGGCUGGUGGUUGGGUUUCCAGUUUGGGAUAGCUUUCCUCAUCCCUCAGGUCUUUCAUUGGGUCCUAGCGGAAUUGCAGACAGAACACAUUCUUAUGCUUUUAAAUGUCCUGGCACCUGCUGAAGGGUCCAGCUCGGCCCAUCCUGACCAGUGUCCCAGGUGCCCUGUGAGGGGAUGUGCUCCGCAGUGUCGAGCAGCGUCCUCUGAGUGUACCCUGCUCAGCCUGGCUGGGAGCAGUGGCAGCAGCAUGUGCCUCUCUGGUAGCGACGGCUCCUCUGAAGUCGCCCCCAACGGGCGGCAGCCUCGGGAAGUGCGGGCAGGGGACGCCGUUCCCCACGCGGCCGAGGAGCCCCUGUGGAGGAUGAUAGCGCAGACGCCCGAGUGCGUCCUCAUGACGUACCAGCUGCCCGAGAGGGUGAAAGACGUGGUCCUGAGGGAAGACCUGGCGAAGCUGGAAAGCAUGAGGCGGCGGCAGCCACAGUUCUCUGCGGGGCAGCGGGCGGAGCUGGCUGGGGCGCGGGCCUGGGCGCAGAGCCGGAGCCUCCCUCCGGGAGUGGACACGCACGGCUGUGCCUCCUGCAGGGACAGAGCCGCGGGCGGUGACGCGGGAGGAGCCUAUGGCCAGGACCCCGGACGGCAGCUGAGUGGCUGUGAGGUGCCGAGCACAGCCUCCCGGGACAUCUCGGAGCCCCUGACUGUAAAUGACCGCGACGUUGUCCUUGAACGCUAAGGUUUCUCCUCCUCGGCCUCUCGAUGGAAUCGCUUCUCCGAAGCAGACUUGGUAUAUAGAAUCUUUUCCUUCUCCCUGUUCCUGGCGUAUGAAAACGCAGUCGGCUCUUUUUCUGGCUCAGCUGUGUCCGGAGGACUGGAGGGCUUCGAAAAGCUGUGUGUGCAGCAGAGUGAGGGAUAGUGAGCAUAGACUGCAGAGCCCAACCAGACCUCAGUCUCGUGGCCUUUGCUCUGGUGCUACGUCCGUCAUUCCCGUCAGGAGACGAGGGAAGUCCCGCCCAGGGCCCUGCGCCGCCUCGUGGUCCCUAAACUGUCCAGUCAGCACAGGUGACGCUGCCCCAUGACCAGCACCAGACGCCCGUGAGCUCACAGCACCCGGCCUUCCUGUUUGCCGAUGGCACGCGCUACCCGCCGGGGCCCGGGGUGCCGAGUUCCGAGGGCAUCUGGACCUUCAUCCGCACAGAGGCUCCCUCGGGCUCCACCUGCCACGGAACCCGAGUCUCAUCUGCAGAAGCGACCCGCUGGCAGCCAGCUCAUUCCUGGGCCCUUGAAGUUCGCUUUCGCAUGUGAAAGCUUCUGACUCAAUCAGUGGUACUUCCUUUUUAAUGUCUUUGUUUUUAUGAUUGUAAAUUGUACAGUCAUAAUCAAUGAUUGUAAAUCAUUGUAUGAUUGUAAAUCAUACAUCAGUGAUUGUAAAAAGUUUUGUAGAAA